UCGCCCCGCCCACGUCUCUGCCGGGCCCUCUCCCGCCGGAGGUGCUCGCCGGGCUGUGGCAGAGAGCGGCCAUGGCCGGGCCCAGCGCCCCCGCCACCCCCGCCGCCCCCUGGAAACGCCAUAUUGAGCGGCAGCUGCGGCAGCGGGACCGCGCGCAGAAGGCACGCUUCCUGGAGCUGGUGCCGGCCUAUAACCGUCUUCUGGAGAAGGCUGAGCUGCUGACUCAGUUCUCAGAGAAGCUGCAGCCGGAGCCGAACAAGGUCACUCCUACUGCCCACCAGGGUCUCUGGGAAGAGGAGUCUGAGCCUGACUCAGACCAAGUUUCAUCACCAGCCACUCUGAGGAUGAAGUGGCAGGAAGCGGAGGAGGGACUCAGGCUGGUCUGUGGUGAGAUGGCCUAUCAGGUGGUGGAGAAGAGCGCAGCCCUAGAAGCCCUGGAGUCGGAGCUGGAGAAGCAGCAGAGCAGGCUGGCGGCUCAGGGGGCCCGCGUGGCGCAGCUGGAAGAGACGCGGGCGCAGCUGGCGGGGCAGGUGGAGGAGCGGCAGGCACUGAGCGCGGCGCGGCGGACGGCCUACGACACUCUGCGCGCGCACGCGAGACUCCGCGAGGCGGCGCUGCGCAGGCUCGAGGAAGACACGCACCACUUGCUGGAGCAGCUGGUGCAGCUCAAGGCGCGCGCGGCUGCGCAGCGCAACCUGCGCAAUGAGCACCAGCAGAGGGCUAAGCAGGCGCAGGUGUUGCAGGAGCUGAAGAAGGCUGUCCGGAAGACUGUGAGCAUCAACGAGAGCCCAGACACCCUAGGCAACGUCACCAGGGAGGGGGCUUUGACUCUGGCCCCGGCGGCUGAGCUAGUGUCCCAGGAAAGUGAGGCUUGUGAGAAGAAGUGGAAGAGGCCCUUCAGGUCUGCCUCCGCCACCUCCCUGACGCUGUCCCGCUGUGUGGAUGUGGUGAAGGGUCUCCUGGAUUUCAAGAAGAGGAGAGGUCACUCAAUUGGGGGAGCCCCUGAGCCGCGAUACCAGAGCAUCCCUGUGUGUGUGGCUGCCCGCCUUCCAACCCGGGCUCAGGAUGUGCUGGAUGCCCAUCUCUCUGAGGUCAAUGCUGUUCAGUUUGGCCUCAACAGCAGCCUCCUGGCUACCGGAGGGGCUGACCGCUUUAUCCACCUCUGGAAUGUUGUGGGAGGUCGCCUGGAGGCCAACCAGACCCUUGUGGGAGCAGGUGGCAGCAUCACCAGCCUGGAUUUUGACCCCUCGGUGAGGGGACUUUGCCCAAAAGGGCUCCCAGGUGUUGGCAGCCACUUACAACAAGGCCGCCCAGCUCUGGAAGGUGGGGGAGGCACAGUCCAAGCUGGGAUUGGGGGUGUGUGGCAGGAGACACUGUCUGGACACUCGGACAAGGUGACAGCUGCCAAAUUCAAGCUAACAAGGCACCAGGCAGUGACUGGGAGCCGAGACCGGACAGUGAAGGAGUGGGACCUCGACCGUGCCUACUGCUCCAGGACCAUCAAUGUCCUUUCCUACUGUAACGACAUGGUGUGUGGAGACCACAUCAUCAUUAGCGGCCACAAUGACCAGAAGAUCCGGUUCUGGGACAGCAGGGGGCCCCACUGCACCCAGGUCAUCCCUGUGCAGGGCCGGGUCACCUCCCUGAACCUCAGCCACGACCAGUUACAUCUGCUCAGCUGUUCCCGCGACGACACACUGAAGGUCAUCGAUCUGCGUGUCAGCAAUAUCCGCCAGGUGUUCAGGGCCGAUGGCUUCAAGUGUGGUUCUGAUUGGACCAAAGCUGUGUUCAGCUGAUUGCAUCUACAAUCAACAAAGGAGAUUGUCUUCAGCAAAGUGGGAGUCUUCUCACCCAAUCAAGUUAGGGGUCUUAUAAGCAAGAACUGAGGAUUUCAGAAUCUGAAAGAAUUUCUGCCUCACCUUCAAUCAGCCAGCAACCCCUAGGAAAUUCGGACUUGCCAGACAAAAAAUCACCUUUAUCAGAGUUUCCAGCUUGUGACUUGCCCUGUAGAACUUGGACUUGCCAGGCCCCAAAGUCAUGUGAGCCAAUUCCAUAUAAUAAAUCUCUAUCAAUCAAUCGAUCAUUGGUUCCACUGGAGAACCCUAAUACCAAUGGCUUCCUAUAACACUUGGGAUAAAGAACCAAGUCCUAUAACAUCUUAUCUUCCUCUCCAUCGUCAUGAAAUAAUUGUGUGAUCAGGACAUUGCUUCUCCUGCUAGAAUGAACGUAAGCUCUGUGAGGCAGUUUGCCUCUGUCACUUCUGUGUCCCUUCAUGCUUUGCACUGAGCAGGCACUGAACACAUAUCUGUUGAAUGAAUGAAGCCAAAAGAAGUGAGUGGUUCAAAGAAGAAUGUCAAAUGCUGAUAAAGAGGUCAAGGAAAGUAAAAUUGCAAAGUACUUCUGGAUUAGUAACAUGAAAUUUAUGCCCUUGGAGAGAGCUAUUACUUGGGUAGUGGUGGGGUAGAAUCCAGACUGCAAUGGAAUGAGGAGUGAGUAGAGGCAAUUAUUUCUGAAAGUAUAAUCUCCAGGAGACCAGAAGCUCUUUCAGUGCAUGAUGUGUAUCUGUUUUCAUCCCAGUCUCUCAAAAAGGCAAAUAUAGGCCUGGCAAAUAAGUUCUCAAUAAAUGCUUAAAAAAAAGUGCUUCUAUUUCUAAAAAAAAUUAGACCAUUUUAAUGCUUUUAGAGCUUGUUAUAAUUUAAAUACACUUUCGUAGCUAUCAUUUUGCGUGAUCCUCACUAUGGCUCAGUAAGAAGAGUUCCAGUGUAGAUCAGACCUUUUAAGAUGAGUUGAUUUUUAUAGCCUUCCUUCACAAGUGCUAUUCUUAUCUUCCGAAAUGCAUUUCACCCUCAGUUGGGGGAAUCAGUUACAACACAGGGGCCACAGGGGAACAUUAAUUUCCAAUUUUAAUUUGGAAGAACUAUGCAUUAUGUAACCCUGCCAGAUAAGAGACUUACAGGUCGCAGUUUGCCAUACGAGGUCUCAGGAGUAUGCCUUGGUGCCUGUGAGAAUCCUGGAGAUUCGGAAUGGAAGCUGUUUUCUAAGGGAGAGAACCAAAGCAGCUCAUUUUAUUGUGUUGCUGGGCAAUACAAAUGCUAAUGUAGAUCUGUUUGCCCUUUGGGUAAAUGUGGAUUUCAGAAGUGAAAAUGUAUUUAGACCUCUUGCUUAGUAGAACGCUUACCAUUUGCUGAAGGAGACCGGGGGAAGUACUGGGAACUCCUCUUAUCUGGACUGGGGUAAGGGCUGCUGGGAGGCUGGUCAUACAAAGGCAGUGGAGGCAGGGAACCAUGAGGCUUGGGGGAAGGAGAGAUCUGUAGCAAAGGGGAGAGGGGUUACAAAGGGCUCAUCUCCUCAGGAAGAAAGAGACUUGCUGGGUUCCCUGACUACUCUGGGCAAAUUACUUUUCUCGGGAGCUAAAUUAUGGCUGUUAGCAAUUUUGUCCUCUUUGUUAGAACAACCAGCCCAAACCGUGAUUUUGUGUUGCAUUUAAUCUUUCCUUUCACAUAUCUCAUUAUAAUUCUGAUUUUAAAAGAGUAGCUGAUUAUAACUAUAAUCUGAUUAUAAAUAUAACUGAUUACAAAUAACUGACUGAUGAACAGUUAUCAAGUCAAAUCAUUCUCUAGGGUUCUUUUGAAAACAUAAUAAAUUAACAAGUCAAUUCAGUAAAUUCAGUGAAGAAUAAUAAAAAAGGGAACACAUUGGUUACAUUUUCUUCGUGAAUAUAAAAUAGUGGGCUGAGUUUGUGACUUCCACUUGUUUUGUAAAUGCCAGGCUGAAGGGUCACGAACACUACACAAACAAGGUUGGCAGACACAUUCCUUCUGGUCCUGUGCCUGCCAGGCCUGCUAUGGCAGAUCCUCAGAGAGGAAAAACCAAACUGUGACCAAAUUGGGGGUUUCCUGGAAGGCAAGUUUUGCUAGGAUGAGGUAAGUCUAGGGCCACCUGAGUGAGUAAUGGAGCUCUGGCAGGACUUGGGCUAGACAGGGAGGCUUUGAUGGCAAGAAAGAGACAGUUGUUUACGACCUAAACUACAGACAAAAUACAUUCCUCUCUACUUUGUUUCUUUCCACCACACCAUUCUUUUGUAUGUCACAUACAUUUUAGCAUUUUGGUUAAUGGAUACAAAGAACAGAAUGUGGGGCAAACAGAAGUAUAGAUGGCUAUAUUCCACAAGAGCUUGACUGACAAGUCUCUGCUUUCCCAAAAUCAGUUUUGCAGAAACUUGGCAACAGAGGAUUGUAUUACUGAGGGUGAGGCAGAGAAUUCAGCCCAAUUUUGUGGGGUCAGCAUACCCUGUGGGAGUAAUUUUCUUUAAUCAUCUUUUAAUUCAGCUUCUUUCCCUCUUAUGUACCUGAAUCUCUCUCAUCCAUGAAGUGUCACCGUUUUCUGAGGCUGAAAGUUCUUCUACUAGCACAGAUGGGAAAACUCCAAUUCGCCCACUGAAUUCCCCUUCCCAGAAGCCAUCAUCAUCUUGGUUUUCUUUGUUCAAGAUACGGAUGAUUGCUCCCUCAGGAAAAGAUAAUUCAUCAUCUGUCUGGCCCUCAUAGUCAUAAAGUGCUUUCACAAAACAGACUAGGAAGCAAGAGAGAGAAAAAUCCAGUAAGAAUAUUGACAGCCAGGCUGCUUUUGCAACCACUCCUAUGCUCACAUGAUGACUAUAAGAGCAUCAUAAAGAUUAGGAGUAAGGUUGUAAUUUUUUUACUCACUGAAGGUCAACUUCAGGGUUCUACUGUAUAGGACAAGUGUGACCAAAUAAAGAAAACAUAUUAUAGAAUAGGAAUAUAGUUGUGCUUUCUACUCCAGCUUAAUAUCAUCUAGGUCAAAUGUGACCAAAUAAAGAGUGCCUUGUUUCAGUCUUUACCACUGGCAUCUCCGUUGAGGCUGCCUGAAAUGAGUUCAGCUUCCGUGGAAUUGCUGGAUGUGUGUGACCGACUGUCCAAAGCAGCCAGGGACUGCAGCAUGCUCAGUAGGCUGUUCGAGGUGGGAAAUUGUAGGUACUUUUCUGGAACAUAACCCACUUGGCCAAUUUUAUUUCGAGCCUGGGUAAAAGACAUGUGACAAAACAGGUUUGCACACAUAAUUUGGAUGGGGCAUAACAAGAAUCAAAACAAACUCCUAAAAAUGUCACAAGAAGGGAUGAUAUGAGCAAAGGAAUAUACCUUUACCCAGUCUUCCAUAUCUCCAUCUUCAAUCACUUCUAACACCUCAUGUUCCUCAAUGGUCAACUCAUCUGGUUGAGAAGCCUGCAAUGUAGGAUGGUCAUGGACAAAAUUAAAAAGGUUAGAUAAAGAGCAGAUGUGAGCUGAUCAUAACAAAAAUGGAUCAAAGUAUUGAAAUGGUUUUGGAAAACUUAUUGAACAGAAAAAUUCAAAUGCUAUAAGACUAUCAUAAUGAGGUGAAAUUUUACCUUAAAAAAAAUAAACAAAACAAGCAACAACAAAAACUGGAGAAAUUCAAGAGGCAGUCAGGUUUAGUGAAAAGCACACUGUGCUGGAAAUAGAAAACCUGGGUUCAAGCUCCAGCUUAUGUAUCUGUUGGUAAGUUAUUCAACUUCUUGAUGCCUCUAAUUCUUCAAAAUGAUAAUAGUGCCAUUCCCUGGAGGGUGGGGGAUUCAAUGUGGGAUGAAUAAACACUCAAUGUAGAGGAUGAAUAAACACAGAACCAUGAUGAGUUGGAAAGCACAGGCAAAGGAGGACACUGAAUUAGAACUGCUACCAAAGGGCUACCAUGGAGGUGCAUGCCAUGAAAAUGCAAGAAUUAUGAACAUGGAUUAGAUGACAGCUUGAGCAGCACCUAGGACUGAUCCUGAAUUGCUAUAAAACAGUGGCCAAGAGAAUAAAGUUGUGGGUAAAGAAAUGACUGAAAUUGGUCAAAGUUUGGAUUUAUUAUGCUCCAGCUUAACCGUGGAGAGUAGGCUGAUCCACGUGGGUGCUUCUGCACAAAUUGCCAACUGUGGUGGUUUUAUUAUCCCUAACAGCUGGAGUCCACUAGUGUCAGACACCAAUAUGUUGUCUUGAGACCACAGAACCUGAAGAACCUUACCUGUUACAUGUAACAAGCAGGGGCCUGCUGACAUCUUAGCAGAUCUCUAAUGAACAGUCUAAAAACUUUCCCCAAGUCCCAAGACCAGUUGAAACUAUCACCUAAGAUCAUAUAGUGUUUCAAAUCUCACAAUCUCAAAGUACAAAGUAUCUCCAAGUUACACAAGCAAAAAUAAAGCAAGAAAAUGAGUCACUUUCCUAAGAUGCAUUUCCAAUUUCAUGAGCAUUAUAAUAUUUCAUCAAAACCCAGAUUAUUCUAGAUGUUGCCACAGCUUCCUGAGACAGACAAAUAGUAUUGAAAAUGCCUGACCAAUCACAGAAAUACUCCAGGACCAAAUUUUUAGGUAAAUUACCUCUGAUCUCAAAAUAUGAGGAAAAAAAUGCUCAUUUACUCUUGACAGCUUUUCCGUUAGAAUUUCUUUGCUACUCUGAAACUGUACUGUGCCUUGAAUAUAUCAGCAAAAGGAACCUAAGUAAAAAAGCUUUUUACUAAGUCCACAGCAAGACUUAAGAAGUAUCAACACAACCAGACUUUAAUGUUUGUGGCAGCAAACUAGGAGAGAUAAGAACACCUUUAAAUACACUGCCGCUCUUGUGAAGAGACAUGGAGGUCCAUGCAAGUUGUCCAAGCACUGUUAUAGAAGCAGACAAGGCUUGAGCACACCACUCCUCUGCUGUGAUGACAGCUCCUCCACUUACAGGUCAAAACCAAGAUCCCUGCAUGGCACUCAAGACUGGACAGAGUUAGAUCUUGCGGGCCUCUUGCUUUGGCUUUAGCACACCACUCCCUAUUCUCUGAACGUACUACAUUCCUCCCUGCCCCUAGGCUUUUACCGGUUGUUCCUUCUGUCCAGGAUGCCCUGCUCCCUCUUUCCCAUCUGGUGAAUGGAUUUAGAUUAUGGGCAAGUGACUGUAACACCUCUCUGAGCCUCAGUUUUCCUUUUUAUUCCACUAGAAUGUAAGCUCCUUGAGGGCAAGGAUUUUUGUCAUGUUUUGAUCAAUUUGCAGAGUACAGAAAAGAACAUGGCACUGCUGUGUGGAAGGUGCUCAAGCAGUAUUUGUUGAAUGAAUGCGCUGGUUGAUAAUAUAUUCUUUAUAGGGUUAUUAAGGGGAUUAGAAAUAUACACAUACAUAUGGCAGCUAUUAUUAUUAGUCAUCAUUUGAGGUCCAGCUCAGAUGUUUUCCAAGACCGCCCAUGAUGUGCUGGUUGCUCCCUCCUCCUCUAGUUGUUUCUCCCUGUGGGCUUUCCACUAGAAUGACUUCCUUGAGGCAUGGAUUAUAUUUCUUCUCACCCCAAUUAAAAACAGCAAGUAGUCAGUAAAUGCGUUUUAAAUAAACACAUAGUCUCACACUGUCUCCUGAAGUCCUAAUUUCCAGUGAUAGCCAGAACUCCAGAAGCAGCCAUGCCUCCCAUUCCCCACCACCAUCUCUCCAAUUUUCUAAUUUUAAAAGUAAUACAUGUUCAUUUGUAGAAAAACUGGAAAAUAUGCACUAUCAACAUCCUAAGGUACACAUAACUUGGUAUCCCACUUUUAAAUUUGUCAUUAUAACAUAAACAUUUCUUCUUAUAUAAAAAAACUCUUAGUAAUGCAAUUUUCAAUUAUAUUCAUAAUACAGGUUAUGAUCAUAUGAAUGGUUCAUUGAUUUCACUAUUCUCUUAUUGGACUGCCUGUGAACUUUGAGCUAUUGUAAAGUAGUACUAUGAUGAAAGAACAUUUUUGUACCUAAAGUUUUGAACUUAAAACUCAUCUAUAUUGUGGGUCAUUUCCUUGGGAAGGAUGCUAGAAGUAGAAUGAGUGGGUCAAAAAUUACGGACAUUUUUAAGGCUUUCGAAUCUAACCCUUAAAUAUAGCUUCUUUGUUCCUAGCAGAUUAAUUCAGGCUUCCUUCUGUGUUGAACUGGACUAUAGGAAUCAUUAUCAGUCUUAAUUUAAAGACAGUCUCUAUUCUAAUUUAUCCUCUAGAAUUUCUAUACCAUGACCAGGAUUACCUUCUCAAAAGCCAAAUCUGAUUUUAGGCCUUCUAGGCAGGAUAAAAGCCACGCUUCUUGAGUCUGGUAUACAAAGUCCUUUCCUAUCUGACAACAAAUGUCUUUACCAGCAGUUCUAUUCCCCACACUUGAUGCUCCCCGCCACUGCACUGAACAUUUCCUGAACACUCCCUGCUCUCAUCUCACUGUAUCUCUAUAUCUGCUGUUUUCUCUGCUUAAAAAGGCUGU